AUGGAAAUUACGAAAGAGGAAAUGAUGAAGGAAGACAAGGAAGAGAACGGAAAGAAAAAGAAGAAAAAAGUUUCUUGGUGCAAAAAUGUGUAUUUAUUCUCCGUUCCUUAUUACAACAGAAAAUGCAAGUCCCUCGACAUCGACAAAAUAAAAGACAAAGCGAGGGAAAAAAUAAAAAUCGAGCUCGACAACUUCAAGGACCGAAGAACAUCGCCAAAAUCAAUCGAAGAUUUUCUCAAGCUGUAA